AUGAGGAGUAGACUCGAAGCAGCGGCUGAGGCAGGCGAAGGCGGUGGACCCAGGGUUAGCGUGGACGCCGGCCUCAACACGACGCUGGGUCAAAGUCUAGUUCCUGGGGGGUUGCAUAUGUACGGUGACUAUGAAGGUAAGAGCGAGCGCAUGCCUGUACCACCCAGGGGGGUAAUCAUGUGUCAUGAUUGCGUCGUCUAUGGUGCGGGGAUGCCAGAGGAGCUGUCACAGAUCGGUCGCCGACGACCAGGACCACCACACUUGGUUUGCGAGCGGUGGGCUUUGACCCAGGACAUGGGUAACUCAAGAGUCACUAGAUGGGAGACUUACUAA